AUGUCAUACCGAGGAUACCAAGACGAUGCCCCUCGCGAAUCAGGCGGCCGCCGUAAGAAGUUGGCUGGAUACCUCAAGGCCGCGAAUGAGCUGAGACAAUCUUAUGCAUCGCAAUGGACUCAAUCAAGAGACUUUGCCAACGACAGCGAAGAGCAACCGGGUAUCUUUCCCGGCGCCGACGUCGUUCGCAGCGGUAAUGAGGAGAUGAUCAUCUUCCCCAGCUAUGCUACCAAACACAUCCGAGCAAAACCACGUGCCCAACCAGGCACCAUACAGCAGGCCUCUGGCACCGGUCGAGACUCGAGAGACACAGUGGGCGCUGGAGAUGCUGAAUUCUGGAAAUCACAAUGGGAAGAGUACGAACAAGACAAGGCCAUCGUCGAUGUCGAUGUGCGCGGCUGGCUAUAUACACCACACCAAGGCCAACUAAGUCGCAAACAUCGUCUCAUGGUCGGUCUUGCGAGACAACUGGUCGGUAUCCAAGCUCCAUCCGGUAGAUCGAGUUCUGCCAACAGUCGAGCCAGCAGCCGUUCCUCAAGUCCGGUCGGUCAUCGAGAUUCGACUACAAAACAAGAGGAGGAAGUCAUACAACAGCAAGCAGAGGAGAUCUUGAAGAAGGGUGAGAAGGAGGCCGAGAUUGCAGGAAGAGGUGGCUUCAGCGAGCGUCCAUCUCGCUAUGCAGAGAGCACUCGCAGCAGAGAACCCUCUCCUGCUCCGAGCGCCAAGGAGGGUCCAACAUUUGACGACUUCCUUGCUCCUACAAGGUCGAAUACUGCCGGAUCCGACUACCUCAACCCAGUUCAGAAGCGCUCUUCAUGGCCAAAUCCUGCCAAAAUGUCGUCUGAGCAACUUGUCACAGCGAACAACCAUCUCAUGGCUCGCCUGAGGCCUUUCAUGGCGAACCCUCUGGCAAAUGCAUCUGUCAGCGCUUUCUUUUACAACGACAAAAUCUCGCGUCAGCGGACUGUUCAGACCAACGCCGCUGGCCAUUUCCACCUGAGAGCCGCGCUUGAUUUCGUCCCUACCCACGUCCGCGUGCUCGCAUCCGAGGACUUGUCUGCUACUGAAGAAGUCAAAGUCACCCCUGUCAGAGGUGUGAGUCUGAUCAGUGAUAUCGACGACACGAUCAAGCAUAGCGCCAUUACUAGUGGUGCGAGGGAGAUCUUCCGCAACGCAUUCAUCCGUGAUCUCGGCGAUCUGACCAUUGAAGGUGUCAGGGAAUGGUACUGCAAACUAGCCGACAUGGGUGUUCAGAUGCAUUACGUCUCAAACUCGCCCUGGCAGCUCUACCCUGUUAUUACUGGUUUCUUCAAAGCUGCUGGGCUGCCUUUGGGAUCAUUCCAUCUGAAACAAUACAGCGGUAUGCUACAGGGCAUUUUCGAGCCUGUUGCUGAACGUAAGAAGGCUACUCUCGACCGCCUGUUUCGUGACUUCCCAGAACGUAAAUUCGUUCUGGUCGGUGACAGCGGAGAGGCAGAUUUGGAGGUUUACACCGAUGUGGUCUUGGAAUAUCCAGGUCGGGUGGUUGCCAUCUUCAUUCGUGAUGUUACAUCAAAACCUGACAAGGGCUUCUUCGAUCCAUCCAUGGGGCCUUUGAGCGGUGACAGAUCAUCUCGAGGUCAUGGGCGUAAUAUGUCGACCGACAGCUUGAUAGGAGCCAAGCGAUUGAAUCGACCAGCCGAUAUUCAAGACGAUGACGAGGAACUCCGAAGAGCAAUUGCAGAGUCGCUCAAGGAUACUGAACCGGAUAGGAGAUCACUCUUUGGUGGAGAUGUUGAGCCGACCAAAAUGCGUGGGGGACGACCUGAUUUACCACCAAGACGUCCUACAGACCCGCCUGCACCAGAAGCAUCUGCAAUGGAGGAUAAUCUCAUCGAUUUUAGUGACGACGAGAGCACUUCACCAUUGUCCAGCAACGAGCCUCAGAAGCGUUCUUACAGCACAUCACUCACUAGAAGACCUGCUAUCCGCUCUCAUACCGAGGGCCCCGCAAAGCGCUCUACUCCACCACCUCCCCCGAAGCCUCUGGCGCUGCGUUCACCCUCGAUGGAAGGCAAGAAUUUCAACAAUGCACUAUCUACAGCGGCUUCAUCAAAGUCUCCAUCACCGCCGCCACCAAAGCCGCGCAAGCCAAGCACAACUGUUAAUACCACAAAUGUGCCCUCACCACUAUCGCAAGUCGUCGAACCAUCACCAGCAACAACCGCACCACCACCCCUACCAAAACGCCACUACCUGACCUCCGCGAAACAAAAGCUAAGCCCCACGACCGCUCACUUUUUAUCCUCCUCAAAACGAAGUCCUACCUGGGCUUCUGAGAGCAGUGGAACCUCCACCCCCGAAACCAGAACUUUAAGCACAGCAGCAACCCGCAGCAUGGACGAAUUACGCCCUUCCGCCCAAGCCCAGCAACAAUCACAAGCACUCACCCGCCCCAAACCCCCUCCACCACGCCGAAACCUAUCCUCCUACCCAGCAGCAGCGGCUUCAUACGCAUCCAACCGUAUCAGCGGCGCUUGGGGCAGCGAACACGAAAACCUGCACCCCCUGACCGAACCCGAAGGUCCCAUCCUCAGCAAAAAAGAAGAGCUCUGGAAACGUAGGUGGGCGAAGGCGAAGGGUAUUAUGGAGAGAGAAGGUGUUGUGCUCAGGACUUGGAGGGUGGGUGAUGAUGUCAUGGAUGUUUGUGUGGAAGCUGUUAGGCAGGAGUUGAGUGAGAUGGAAAAGAAAGAUCGACGGGAUUUGGAGAUGCAGAAGUUGAAGGAGGGGAAGAAUGGUGGUGGUGGUGGAGAGGACUUCCUUCUCAUCGUCAACCAGCAAGGAGAUCUACUGGGUCUGGAGAAGCCGCUCUCAACCUCCAAGAACCGCCGUAGUACUUCCCGACCCAUCUUUGCCGAACAGACGGACGAAGAAGAUCCACAGGCACCUCACGUGCUUCACCGAGCCAUCUCAUCUACCACCACUACUUUCGGAUUUUUGGGAAUUCUCGUAUUUCUUCAGUGA